AUGAACCGGGGAAUUGCACGUGAGGUGUCGUUUGAUUGUAAUGUGCAACGAAAAUAUGUUGCUGAGAAAGAAGAAACAGUGCUGUCCGUGGUCGAGGAAAACCUCGUGGCCCAGCGCAGCGAGCUAGAUCACACCGACGUGCUAUUAAGAACAAGGAGAGCAGGAGAGCAGAAGAAAAUUAAUAUCAAAAGUUUUAAAACGAUUAAAAAAACCGUCGAGGAAGAACAAAAAGGUGCUAAAGAAAAGAAGGCGAAAGCAUUGGAAAGAAAACUUAAAUCACAGGCUAAAAAAGAAUUUUUUGAGAAAGAAAGUAGGAGCAAUGGUAGAAUGAAAUUAACUAAAUCAACUGCAGUAGGCCUAAAGCGCAAGAAGCAGCCAAUGGAAGAUGAUGAUGACGACGACGGUGAGGAAGAUGAUGAUGAUGACGGUGAGGAAGAUGAUGAUGAUGACGGUGAGGAAGAUGAUGAUGAUGACGGUGAGGAAGAUGAUGAUGAUGACGGUGAGGAAGAUGAUGAUGAUGACGGUGAGGAAGAUGAUGAUGAUGAUGACGACAGUGAGGAAGAUGAUGAUGAUGACGACAGUGAGGAAGAUGAUGAUGACGACAGUGAGGAAGAUGAUGAUGACGACAGUGAGGAAGAUGAUGAUGACGACAGUGAGGAAGAUGAUGAUGACGACAGUGAGGAAGAUGAUGAUGAUGACGGUGAGGAAGAUGAUGAUAAUGAUGACGGUGAGGAAGAUGAUGAUGAUGACGGUGAUGAAGAUGAUAUACAGCCUCUGUAA